AUGAUUCAGCCCGUCCGUCGAAAGUGCAGCCCAAACGUCUCAUUCAGCCCAAACGUCGAACACCAGCCGCCUCCGUCGCUACCUCCAUGAGAAAACACCACAAGCUUCUGCGCCACUGGCUUCUCCGCUACCGAAACACCAGACCCAUCAGUCUCACCGCCUCCGCCGCGGCCAACCCAUUCCCGGCGACCGCAACCGUCCAUUCUGACCUCGAUCUCUUGGACGACGGCGAGCUGGCCCCGACCCCGCGCGUCUACCACGGGUUCAUCACCGCCUGCGCGCAGUCCAAGAACCUCCAAGAUGCCAGGAAGAUCCACGCGCACUUGGCCAGCUCGCGGUUCGCGGGCGACGCCUUCCUCGACAACUCGCUCAUCCACAUGUACUGCAAGUGCGGCAGCGUGGUCGAAGCGCACAAGGUGUUCGACGAAAUGCGGAGGAAAGACAUGGUUUCCUGGACCUCGCUCAUCGCCGGGUACGCGCAGAACGACAUGCCGGCGGAGGCCAUUAGCCUGCUACCUGGCAUGCUCGAGGGACACUUCAGGCCAAACGGGUUCACGUUCGCCAGCCUCCUCAAGGCCGCCGGCGCUUAUUCUUCUGACGGCUGCAUCGGCGGACAGAUCCAUGCUCUCGCAGUGAAGUGUGACUGGCAUGAGGACGUCUAUGUGGGGAGCGCGCUUCUGGACAUGUACGCGCGGUGCGGGAGGAUGGACAUGGCCACUGCGGUGUUCGACAAGCUUGACUCGAAGAACGGGGUUUCCUGGAACGCGUUGAUUUCCGGGUUUUCGAGGAAGGGCGACGGAGAAACAGCGUUAAAGGUGUUUGCAGAGAUGCAGAGAAACAGGAUUGAGGCAACGCAUUUUACAUACUCCAGCUUGUUCAAUGCCAUUGCUGGUCUAGGCGCUCUCGAGCAGGGCAAGUGGGUGCAUGCACACAUGAUCAAGUCUGGGCAGAAACUGACCGCGUUUCUCGGAAAUACGAUUCUUGACAUGUAUGCAAAAUCAGGUAGCAUGGUCGACGCGAGAAAGGUGUUUGACCGCGUGGAUAAUAAAGAUCUAGUUACUUGGAACUCGAUGCUCACGGCACUGGCGCAAUACGGGCUCCGAAAGGAAGCAAUCUCCCAUUUUGAGGAGAUGAGGAAAUCAGGCAUUUACCUGAACCAGAUUUCCUUCCUUUGCAUUUUGACCGCCUGUAGCCAUGGAGGACUCAUGAAGGAGGGCAAGCGCUACUUUGACAUGAUGGAGGAUUAUAAUUUAGAGCCCGAGAUUGACCAUUAUGUUACGGUUGUUGAUCUUCUCAGCCGAGCUGGUCUACUAAACUAUGCUCUGGUCUUCAUAUUUAAAAUGCCUAUUGAACCAACUGCCGCUGUUUGGGGAGCCCUGCUCGCGGCUUGCAGAACGCAUAAGAAUGCCAAGGUAGGGCAGUUUGCAGCAGACCAUGUCUUUGAACUAAACCCAGAUGAUAGUGGUCCAGCUGUGUUGCUGUAUAACAUAUAUGCCUCCACUGGCCAAUGGGAUGCUGCUGCUAGGGCGAGGAAGAUAAUGAAGGCAACUGGUGUGAAAAAGGAGCCUGCAUGUAGUUGGAUUGAGAUAGAGAAUUCCGUGCACAUGUUUGUGGCAGGCGAUGAUGCCCAUCCACGAGCCCAAGAGAUAUAUAAGAUGUGGGAUGAGAUAAGCAUGAAGAUUAGGAAAGAAGGAUAUGUUCCUGAUAUGGACUAUGUGCUUCUGCACGUAGACGAUCAAGAGAGGGAGGCAAACUUGCAGUACCACAGUGAGAAGAUCGCACUCGCGUUUGCACUGAUCCAAAUGCCUGAAGGGGCAACCAUUCGGAUCAUGAAGAAUAUUAGGAUAUGUGGGGAUUGCCACUCUGCAUUCAAAUAUAUCUCCAAAGUUUAUAAAAGGGAGAUUGUUGUUAGGGACACUAAUAGAUUUCACCAUUUCAGCAAUGGUUCUUGUUCCUGUGGAGAUUACUGGUGAUUCUGCUAAGAUUUAGGGUGCUUAUGAAUAUACGAGGCCAUGGGUUGAUUCAGUAACAACCAAAAAGACCAUGUUUAUGCACAGGUCGAACCAUGUCUGCUUGAUUCUCUCUGUGGACAGAGAAAACAGCAUGCUGUAGCCCUCAAGAUCAUUUUCCAUUCAUUGCUCCAAAAGAUAUUUGCUUUUACUUUUGAAGCACAAUCACUGAAAUAUUUCAGGUUGCAAAAACAACAUUAUUGUCUCUGUGUCCGUUAUGGGUUUGUGAGAAAAAUAGACCAGCAUUUGGAGCUGCAAUCUCUGACUGGAAGCACACUUUGGAUGGCUUGAUUUCAGGAUAUAUCAGGUUCAGAUCAGAGCUUACCAAUGCAUUGCCCUUUGGUACUGAUGACAGCUUCUGGUCACUUUCUAGUCGGUGCUUUGGAUCCGUGCUUUCAAGAGUCCUCCUACACUACUCCACAAAUAGAAGGCAUUACCCCUUUUGGAAUUGUCAUAAGCCUAUGAGAAUAUGCAUGGUUAUUUUACUCGGCUGACAGUCCACCAAAAGAAUGCAGUUAACUUCAGAGUCCAGCCUUGACUCUCAGCCUUGUACAGAAAUACAGUUCACACUAGUGUGGGUGUUCUUGUUAUGUUGGUCAUGGGAUAUAAUCAUGCAGGUGAUACCCGGGAUGUUUUACCUUUUCUUCAA